GCUCGGCCCGGCAGCCUCCAAGAUGGCGGCGCCCUGCGGCUCCUCGCCCCUCCCGCCCGCCGAGCCGCCGCUGAAGAUCCCCAAGAUGGAGGUGCUGUCCCCCGGCUCCCCUGCCGCCCUCAGCGAUGGCAACCCCAGCCUCUCCGACCCCUCCACCCCCAGCGGCGCCUCCCCGCUGGGCCCGGGGCCGGCGGCCGGGGGGGCCGGGCUGGGGGGCCGCGGCGGGGCCUCGCCCUCUGUCUCUUUCUCCCCGGGAGGAGCCGCCGCAGCCGCCGCCGCCGCCGCUUGCCGGGGGAUGUCAUGGACACCGGCGGAGACCAACGCGUUGAUCGCGGUCUGGGGGAACGAGCGGUUGGUGGAAGCGCGGUACCAGCAGCUGGAGGGCGCUGGCACCGUCUUCGGCAGCAAAGCCCCCGGGCCCGCCAUGUACGAGAGGGUCUCCCGCGCCUUGGCCGAGCUGGGCUACGAGCGCACCCCCUCGCAGUGCCGGGAACGCAUCAAGCAGCUUCAGAGGAGUCAGAGUGAGUUAGUCAGGAAGGCAGAAAGGACCCUCCGCAGGUGUUACAGCCGUGUGAAGGAGCAUGGUGGAAAGGAAAGCAGCUACACCUUUGAGCAGCUGGAGCAAGUUUUUGGGCGGGGUUGGGAUUCCCAACCCUGCCAACCCGUCCUCAUCAACAGCAGUGGCUUGUACCAGGAGCUGGAGUCGGAUGGCAGCACCAUGGAGGAGUAUUCCCAGGAGGAUUGGGGCAACCACAGUCAGGAGCUUCACUGCUACCAGACAGGGGAGCAGGAAUUGGAUGAAAUGCCAACCACAAAAGGACACUGAAGAUCAAACCAGGAAUCUUCUGAAGACACGCAGAAGCGUGACGUGAUGCAGAACAUUAUGCAAAUCUUGGAGUCGGUCCAGUUGAAGUGGGAGCUGUUUCAGAGCUGGACGGACUUCUCCAGGCUCCACCUUUCCAACAAACUGGCCAUUUUUGGCAUCGGGUACAACACCCGUUGGAAGGAGGACAUCCGGUACCACUACGCCGAGAUCAGCUCCCAGGUCCCGCUGGGCAAACGCUUGAGGGAAUAUUUUAACUCUGAGAAACCUCAAGGUCGGGUGAUAAUGACCCGAGUUCAGAAAUGAAACUGGAAGAACGUUUACUACAAAUUCCUGGAGAUCACCAUCAGCGAAGCCAGGUGCUUGGAGCUGCACAUGGAGAUCGAUUGGAUCCCCAUCGCCCACUCCAAACCCACUGGUGGCAACGUUGUCCAGUAUUUGUUGCCAGGAGGGAUUCCAAAAAGUCCUGGCUUGUACGCCAUCGGCUACGAGGAAUGCCACGAGAAGCCCCCCUCCCCUCUGGCUGAGCCCCAGGGGAGGCCUGAUCCAGGCAACGAGACUCCGGGGGAGCUGGAGGUCCCAUCUCCCCAAAGCCCCUCCGGGGUGGACAUGGAAUCCGCUCGGAUUAUCUACUGUUACCUCGGGAUUGCCGAGGUCCGGACUCUCCAGCAGUGCCUGUUUUUACAUUUUCAGGCCAACACCAAAACCUUCAGCAAAGAUUGGGUGGGGAUCAACGCCUUUUUAUCUCAGAACUGGCUCGUCGAACCCGGUGUCUCCCCCAAAUCCAUCUACAUCAAAUUUGUUGAAGUGGAGAGGGAUUUUCUUUCUGCCGGCUCUUUGGUAGAGUGCUUGGAAAAAGCCAUCGGGUACCCCUUAAAAUUUAACAACUGAGUCUCGUCCUUCAUAAGGAUUUGGGGGGCUUUCUGCUCCCUGGUUUUUUUCUUCCAUCUCGCUACCAGAUGCUUUGAGAUCCAGCCCCUUCCCAGAUGGAUAUUUUCCUCCUGGAAAUGAAUUUCAGGGGUUGAGAAGAGGUUUGGGGGCAUUUUCCACCAAGCUCAUCCCACCCGGGGGACAGGGCAAGGAGAAAACCCCCAGUGAAACGACUGUAGGUACAUCCACACAGGACAAAGCGUGCACAUGUGGCGUUUUCAUACAAAAACACUUUUUUUGUUUGACUUUCUUGUUGUUUUUUAUUCUCUUCCACGGCGUCUUGUUUGUACGUCUCUCCGUCAGUGUUAUUAAGGAGCUUGAAUAAUUAAGCAAUAGAUCAUGGCAAAGAUCGGACCUUGGGGGGGCAAGGAGACUGUUUUUUUUCAGAGAUACUAUUGUAUAUAAUUUAGAACUUCACUUUUUUUUUUUUUUUGGGGGGGGGUUUGGUUUUUUUUCCACCUGUCAAGUGUUUCUCUCCAAACAGUGUUGCCUGCAAAGAAAAAAAACAACAACAACAACAAAAGACUUUGGUUUUCUGUGAUGUCUCCCCCUUUCCUAGUAGAGUUGCCAUAUCCACUCUUUUUUUUUUUUUUUUUUUUUUUAAACAUUAAAAUAAUUCCUCA